AGGUGAAAGAUUGGUAAAUUGGGACUUUAUUAAAAUUAAGAACGUCUGUUCAUCAAAAGACACCACUGAUAAAAUAAAAAGGCAACUCACAGCUGAGAGAAGAAAUCUGUAAUACAUAAAACUGACAAAGGACCCAUAUUCAGAAUAUAUAAAGAACUAUACAGACAAGCCAUUUAAAAGCUGGCAAAAGACUUGAACAGGCACUCCAUGAAAGAGGGUAUGCAAAUGACCCAAUCCGCCUAUGGAAAGGUAUGCAGCCUUAUUAGCAUUAGGGAAAUUAAGAUUAAUAGCCACAGCGAACUAUCACUACACACCCACAAGACCGGGUGGAACUUUGAAAACAAUGACAAGCGUUGGUGAGGAUGCACAGCGACUGAAACUCUCGGGAGUGUAACCUGGUACUACCUUUCUGGAAACAGUUCGGCAAUGUCUACUAAAGGUGCACACAUACCUACCUGAUGGCCCGGAGUUCCCAGCAAUGAGUGGAUUCAUGCACCUAAGGACACGUACUAGGAUGUUCAGUAACGCUUUAUUCAUCACAGUCCCAAACUGGAGACAACACAAACGUCCCUCAGCCAUGAACUCGAGUAUGUUCACACCUCAGACCCCUAGGGGGCAGGGAUAAAGGACAUCAUACACGGCACACCAGAAUGUGAGUAAAUCCCACCGAGGAAGCCAGGCAGCAAAGAGCACAUACUGCAUGAGUUCAGUUUUGUAGAGGUCAGAGCAGCUGAAACUGACCUCUGGGAUAGAAACCAGGAUAGUGGGUUCCUCUGGGGAGGAGGUGAGGGGUAAACAAAAACACUCCCUAGAAUUCGAAGUCUCAAAAUCAAAAUCGUCUCCCCUGCUGCAUUGAGAACUUUUUCUCCUUUGCUUGUUGGAGGUAGGAAGGUCGAGGACAGGUGGUAUGUCUGAGGAGCCCCUAUCUUCCUCAGCACACCCCGCUUUCUCCUGUGCCGCUAGCCAGGCAGGAACUCCUGGGACAGUCCAACCAGGGGUUGAGCCACAGUGGUGAUUUCAUUUUGGCAUCAACUAAGAUUCCCACUGGCACCUCUGCUUUUCAUCUCCUUUUAAUUUUACUUAUUUAUCAAGUAUUUUCUUAGCUCUUACUCUGUACCAGGUGCACUGUUCAAAGUAUGUCAUUAGUGUGUUAUUCAUUCAGCCUGUAGUAAUGACUUCUUUGUUGAGCACUUAGUAUGUGCCCGAUAGUAAGCUAAAUUCUCAAUUAAUUCUCACAUGAACUCAUGGAAGGGGAAAAUAUUUGUUCCCAUUAUAGAUAAGGAAACAGAGGCUCAGAGAGGUUAAAUGACUUGUACAAGGUCACACAGCCAAGUUGGUGGCAGAACUGAGAUUCAAAGCCAGAUCCUGCUUCACUCCCAAAUCACCUGACUUAGUCGUUUCUAGCGACCUCCUUAAACCAAAUCACCUGAGAGGCUGGUAGAACUAUGAGGUUUCUUAGCCCCCACCUGCUCGAGCCUAGUGAACCAGAAUCUCUGGCCCCAGGAGUAGAAUCUCCCACAGUGGUUGUUCGAAACCUGAUUCCUGGCCCCAUCCUGCACUACAGAGCCAGACUCCCGGCCCUGCACACAGUAGGCACACACAACCUGUCUGUGAAUGGAAGGAGAUGGCUGCCUGGAUCACUUCUCUUCCGCUGGAGAGGUGGGGGGAGUCCCUUGCUUCCUUCUGGUCUCUGGGUAAGUGUAAGUCCCCUCCUCUGGGAAGCCCUCCUUGACCACCCCAGCCUACCCCCCCGCCCCUAGAACUGCUAACCCCUUUGCCUUAGUUGCCUUCCUUGCCUCUCUCUGUCUUAAAUAUGGACUAGGGUAAACCAUAUGGAAUUAUCCUUUCUGUAGGUCAAAACUAGUUGAAAAUGGGCUAUUUCAUCCAGUUCAUUUAAGCAGUUCCCUUUACCAGAAUGUUAGCUCCGGGAGGGUGGGGGAUGUUUGUGGUGUUCACAGCCCUGUCCCCAGACAAAGCCUGGCACACAGUAGGCACUCUGUAAAUGCUGGGUAGGUGCUCGAGGGAACCUGACCACUCCCAGGAGCUCCACAGCCGACGCACCAGACCCCACGUCGAGCUGGAGGGGCCCGGGCGCCAUCCUGUACGGCGCAAUCUCGGGUGCCUUCCCGGCCGCGGCGGCCCGGCGGCGGGGUGGGGCUCGCCGUCAUCCAUUUACCAGCCUCGCCCCUCCGACGCGAGCGCCGUUAAUGAGAUUAGCAAUUAAAAAGCGGGCGAGCCGCCGCUGCAGAGGCGCGGGGCCAUCCCCAGGCCGAGCCGUGCGGGACGGCGCUCCUGGCGGCCGCGCACCGAGCGCGCCGCGCGCCGAGCUCCGGGGCCAUGGACGAAGAGCGGCCGCUGUGGGCCACCCCGCUGCAGUUCGUGUUCGCCUGCAUCUCGUACGCCGUGGGGCUGGGCAACGUGUGGCGCUUCCCCUACCUGUGCCAGAUGUACGGCGGAGGUAGUUUCCUGGUGCCCUACAUCAUCAUGCUCACCGUAGAGGGCAUGCCGCUCCUGUACCUGGAACUGGCAGUGGGGCAGCGCAUGCGCCAGGGCAGCAUCGGCGCCUGGAGGACCAUCAACCCCUACCUCAGUGGCGUUGGCGUGGCCAGUGUGGUGGUGUCCUUCUUCCUCUCCAUGUACUACAAUGUCAUCAACGCCUGGGCCUUCUGGUACCUCUUCCACUCCUUCCAGGAUCCCCUGCCGUGGUCCGUGUGCCCACUGAAUGGCAACCGUACGGGCUAUGAUGAGGAGUGUGAGAAGGCUUCCUCAACGCAGUACUUCUGGUACCGGAAAACCCUCAACAUCUCGCCGUCCAUCCAGGAGAGCGGGGCGGUGCAGUGGGAGCCGGCGCUGUGCCUCAUCCUGGCCUGGCUCCUGGUGUACUUGUGUAUCCUGCGGGGCACGGAGUCCACCGGCAAGGUGGUGUACUUCACUGCGUUGCUGCCCUACUGCGUGCUCAUCGUCUACCUGGUCAGGGGCCUCACGCUCCACGGAGCCACCAACGGCCUGGCAUACAUGUUCACUCCCAAGUCUGGAAUUCCCACCCGGGGUUCUCCAGCCUUGUCCCUGCUGGCUUUCCAGAUGGAGCAGCUGGCCAACCCGAAGGCCUGGAUCAACGCAGCCACCCAGAUCUUCUUCUCGCUCGGCUUGGGGUUCGGCAGCCUCAUCGCCUUCGCCAGCUACAACGAGCCCUCCAACAACUGCCAGAAGCACGCCGUCAUCGUGUCCAUCAUCAACAGUUCCACCUCCAUCUUUGCCAGCGUCGUCACCUUCUCCAUCUAUGGCUUCAAGGCCACCUUCAACUACGAAAGCUGCUUGAACAAGGUGAUUCUGCUGCUGACCAAUUCUUUCGACCUUGAAGAUGGCUUUUUGACAGUCAGCAACCUGGAGGAGGUGAAAAGUUACCUGGCGUCUGCCUACCCCAGCAAGUACAGCGAGGUGUUCCCACAGAUUAAAAACUGCAGCUUGGAAUCGGAGCUGGAAACGGCCGUCCAGGGCACCGGCCUGGCCUUCAUCGUCUACACAGAGGCCAUUAAAAACAUGGAGGUGUCCCAGCUGUGGUCGGUGCUCUACUUCUUCAUGCUGCUGAUGCUGGGCAUUGGAAGCAUGCUGGGGAACACGGCCGCCAUCCUCACCCCUCUGACCGACAGCAAGGUCAUCUCCAGCUACCUGCCCAAGGAGGCAAUCUCAGGUCUGGUGUGCCUCGUCAGCUGUGCCAUCGGCUUGGUGUUCACCAUGGAGGCCGGCAACUACUGGUUCGACAUCUUCAAUGACUACGCUGCCACGCUGCCCCUGCUGCUCAUUGUCCUGGUGGAGGCGGCCGCCGUGUGCUACCUGUACGGACUGAGGAGAUUCGAAAGCGACCUUAAGGCUAUGACUGGACACGCUCUGAACUGGUACUGGAAGGCCAUGUGGGGCGGUGUGAGCCCGCUGCUCAUCAUCAGCCUCUUUGUCUUCUACCUGAGUGACUACAUCAUCACAGGGACCCUGCAGUACCAAGCCUGGGACGCCUCCCAGGGCCAGCUUGUGACCAAGGACUACCCCCUGUAUGCACUGGCCAUCAUUGGGCUGCUCGUGGCCUCCUCUACCAUGUGCAUCCCCCUGGGGGCCCUGGGGACUUUCAUCGUGCGCCACCUCAAGCGGAGAGACACAGCCUCCGUGGCCUGAGAGCUGGGCUUCCCCGAGACUGCCGUCAGCCGCUAUCUUACAGCCACUUACGUACAGAUGGAGCCGCCUCGGCUGCUUUUGGAAAUAUUGACUCCGGAAGCACUCAGCCCAUCGUCUUCUCGAGUCUAGAAAGGAUUAGGAAGGUGAAAAGAAAGACUACUCCCUCAGCAGGACACACACCCCACCCGCCAUCCCCAGAGUCACACACGGUGCUUCCUCCCUGUCACCACGGAGGCAGAAUUCUCACAGCCAGUCUUGAAGACAACUGCUCGACUCUAGCCAAGUCCUAGAGUAGGGCACACCGGGAGCUGAAAUUUGACUACUGUUUUUAUGGGAUAAAAUUUAAGGAAUGUUUUCCGGUGAGAUCCCAACAUACUAGCGGGCAUUCAUUUUUAGAGAAUUUUGAAAAGGAGUUUUUUAACUAAGAUGACUAAUCUGAAUGUCAUCAAUGCAAAAUUAAUUAGUUCUUUUUUCAGUCACGGUGAACCUGCAAUCACUGUGUUCUCCUUCGCUAAUAGGAUUGACUGGCCAUAAAGAAAGAAGGCCUUUGUUUGGAGCUCACAAAAGGAGUCACUUUUCCCUAAUCUGAGGCCUCUCAGUGGGUCCAAGACCAGUCCUCUCUACGAACAACCCCAAACCACCUUCGGCCCUGGUGUCUCGCGACACUGAAAAGCUGCCAGAGCCUCUAUGAGGAUGAAAGUGAAGCUAACUUUCCCAUAGACCUAAGGUUAUAUUUGGACAUGAUGACCAACUCUUUAUAGGAAAGACCAUAACCUAGUUUUAAAUUAUCUGUACAUAAGUUUUCUAAAAUGUAUAGAAAGACGGCUCUCAAACAGAACACCCAGUAAGUGAAGACACCAUAUUUAUGAUACAGCAUUAGUCCACCUUGUGAAUGUCUCCUGUCGUUUAACUGCAAUAAGUAGGUCAGGGUUAUCCCGGAAGUGAGGAGGUCCCUUACUGCUCUAACAAACACUCCUCAAUUCCAUGCUCUCAGUGAAGCACACAGUUUCUUUGAGUAGAUUUGUACAGACAUCUUUAAAGACACUUACACAUUCACCUGGAACAUCAGAUGUUCUAGAGAUGGCUUUUCUUUUUCAUGCCAUAAACUUCCCUAUAACAAGAAAUAGGCAUUAGAAAGGUCUUAGGCAGUCUUGAACUUCCAGCUUCACCUGAUGCCCAUAAAAAGACCACUUGGUGGUGUUAGGCAAGCUGGAGAGCCGCAUGUAAGUCAAUGAAGUUAGAACACACCCCCACCCCAUAUACAAAAAUAAACUCAAAAUGGCUUAAAGACUUAAAUAUAAGACACGACACCGUAAGACUCCUAGAAGAGAACAUAGGUAAAGCAUUCUCUGACAUACAUAAAUCGUGCCAAUGUUUUCUUAGCUCACUCUCCCGAGAGAACAGAGAUAAAAACAAAUGGGACCUAAACAAACUUAAGCUGUUACACAGCAAAAAAAACCCAUAAACACAACAAAAAGACAACCUAUGGACUGGAAGAAAAUACUUGCAAAUGAUGUUACCAACAAGGGCUUAAUUUCCAAAAUAUACAAACAGGUCAACAACAAAAAAUAACCCAAUCCAAAAAUGGGCAGAAGGCCUAAAUAGACAUUUCUGCAAAGACAACAUACAGAUGGCCAACAUGCACAUGAAAAGAUGCUCAACAUCACUAAUAGAGAAAUGCAAAUCAAAACUACAAAUCAAAAUGUCACACACCAGUCAGAAUGACCAUCAUUAAAAAGUCUACAAAUAGGGCUUCCCCGGUGGCGCAGUGGUUAAGAAUCCACCUGCCAAUGCAGGGGACAUGGGUUCGAGCCCUGGUCCGGGAAGAUCCCACAUGCUGCGGAGCAACUAAGCCUGUGUGUCACAACUACUGAGCCUGCGCUCUAGAGCCCGUGAGCCACAACUACUGAAGCCCGCGUGCCUAGAGCCUGUGCUCCGCAACGAGAGAAGCCACUGCAAUGAGAAGUCCGCACACCGCAACAAAGAGUAGCCCCUGCCAAAUAAACAAAUAAAAAUUAAAAAAAAUAAGUCUACAAAUAACAAAUGCUGGAGAAGGUGUGGAGAAAGCAGAACCAUCCUACACUGUUGGUGGGAAUGUAAACUGGUGCAGCUACUAUGGAAAACAGUAUGGAGGUUCCUCAAAAAACUAAAAAUAGAGUUGCCAUAUGAUCCAGCAAUCCCAAUCCUUGGCAUAUAUCCAGACAAAACUAUAAUUCAGAAAGAUACAGGCACCCCUGUGUUUACAGCAGCACUAUUUACAAUAGCCAAGACAUGGAAACAACCUAAAUGUCCAUCAACAGAUGAAUGGAUAAAGAUGUGGUACAUAUAUACAAUGGAAUAUUAC